GCGCUGGCCUGCGCGCGCCAGGGCCUGGAGAUCGAGCUGGCCGAGGAGCGCCGCGCACGCCGUGGCUCAGAGGCCGCCAGCACGCUGGUGAGCCCUCAGCUGUCCCUGGCGCACGCGGAGGCCCCGGUCGACAGCGGGCAGUCCUCGACCCUGCGCGACCUGCUGCUGCCCCCGAUGGCGCGGCGGGGCCUGCUGCUGGACGGCCGCUGCGCCAUCGACCGCGACGGGGUGGUGUUCGGCACGGCCGGGGUGCUCGCGGAGCGCCUGGUGCUGGUGGGCGGCUGGACCGGCCUGGGCGCGGAGUGCCUGCGGGGGGUGCAGCAGCUCGAGCCGGGGGCGCCCGAGUUCGCGCCUGGGCCCCAGCUGGCGCAGCCGCGCGCGGGCUGCGCCGCCGUGGAGCUCGACGACGGCCGCCUCCUCGUCGCCGGGGGCUUCAACGCCGCCGGCGCCCUCCGCGGCACGGAGCUGCUGGCCCCCGGCGGGCCGGCCGUGCCCGGGCCGCCGCUGUCGGCGCCCAGGGCGGGCUGCGCGGCGGUGCAGCUGGGCAGCGGCCGCAUCCUCGUGGCUGGCGGCUUCGACGAGCACGACAGCCUGGACACCACCGACGUCCUGGACCCGAGCGCCGCGGCCCUCGAGCCGGGCCCGCGCCUGACGCGGCCCCGGGGCGCCUGCGCCGCGGUCCGGCUCCCGGAUGGGCGCGUGCUCGUGGUCGGCGGGGUGUCGGGCUCCGAGCUCG